CACGAAAGAUCCUCGGACAGCAAAUCGUAGUAGGACAAAUAUCAUCAUGAACAGUCAAGACCUAACAUUUGAAUUAAUUUCUGCUAUGUCCUCGAAGUCUGUGCAAGAAGUGAGCCAAAGUGAAUUACUAGGCAUGAAACAGGUAAUGGAUAAAGUCGAAAUAAAAGGUCCUAUUAAAAGACCAAUGAACCCAUUCCUUGUAUUUUCGCAACAAAGACGAAAGGAAAUAUCAAUGCAGCAUCCAAAAAUGCAUAAUUCUGAGAUAUCGAAAAUUCUUGGAACCGAGUGGCAUGAUUUAACCGCAGAUCAGAAGCAACCUUAUGUCGACAAAUCUAGAAGAAUAAGGGAUGCUCUUUUGAAAGCAAACCCAAAUUAUAAAUAUCAACCAAGAAGGAAGAAAAAGGUAAAAACGGUAGUUACAUACAAUCCCCCCCCGCCGCCUCCUUGUUGCAGCAAUAAUGUUCCUUUUCAAGCACCACCUCCUGCUCCUCCACCAACUUCAGAUAAUAAUUAUUAUGAUCAAAAAUAUUAUCAACCUAUACAACGAAUCCAUUAUUCAGCAGAUGCGUCAUCAUAUGCUAGACCACAUAAUUACAAUGAAGUGCAAUUUUAUAAUUUUAUGCCUAAUGAUGGUCAGUUACAAAAUGUGAAUAUUGGUAACUAUUAUGUAAACAAUCAGAAUUUGAACACUCAAGUUAAUAACUAUUAUCCUGCUCCUCCUCUUAUCCAAAACUAUCCCCAACCCCAACCCCAACCCCAACCUCAACCCCAACCCCAAUCCCAAUACGCAAUACUAUAAAUCAUGUUGAAUUUUCAUUUGAAAAUGAACGUUAUAUAAAAAAAAAAAAA